AUGAGUGAUUUGACCGCGAUCCUCAAUCAGAUAAACGACUCCUUGAAGGCUACAGGGCAGUCUCUUGACACUUUGCAGACGCAAUACAGAGCGCAGAAUGCCCUCAACGAUGAGGCCAAGAGUGCAAUCAUGAAAAAUGCGCUCGGCGAUCACACACUUGAGAAGGUUUCCUUGCUCUCUCUCAAAAACGGUACUAUUCUAGCAUACAUUAAUAGCCUGCUCGAAAUCGUGGGUGAAAAGCUUUACCAGACGGAUGCAACUGCCAUGAAGGGCCGCCAACACUCCAUCGAACAUCGGGUGGUGCUAGAACGAGGUGUGAAGCCGCUUGAGAAGAAACUCGCCUAUCAGCUUGACAAAUUGACGAGAGCUUACUCUAGAAUGGAGUCUGAGUAUGCUGAGGCUGAGAAACGCGCCAUGGAGCGCACCACGCAAGGCAACUCCUCCGGCGACGACGAAGCUGACUCCAGUGACGAAGAAGAAGAAGCAAUGUCCUACAGGCCUAACGCGUCUGCAAUGACUACCAGUGGACGUUCAGGGGCCAGGGAAGAGCAAAAAGGAGCCGAGGAAGAGGAAGACUCACAGAAUGCCACUUACAAACCACCAAAGAUCAGCGCCAUGCUUCCUCCACAACAUCAUUUCGACGACAAGUUCGUUGCUAAAGACCACAGAGACAGAAGUGGUAAGUCUCGUAUGCAAGCCAUGGAAGACUACAUCAGCGAAAUGUCUGAGCAACCCGAAUGGGAGUCCUCUGUUGGUGCUAACAUCGUGAAUCAUGGUAGAGGCGGUGUUAAAUCGCUACGGGACACCGAAAGAGAACAGCGGGUGAAGAACUACGAAGAAGACAACUUCACAAGACUGCACAUGCAAACCAGCAAAGCAGAAAAGCGCAUGGCAAAGCAAAGAGAAAGAAUGGCAAGAGUGAACAUGAUCGGUGGUGAGGACUUUAGCAUUUUCAAUUCCAAGAGAAAGCUCGAAGAUUCUACCUCCAGAAAGGGUAGCAAAAAGUCUCGUAACGCUUGGGAAAGAGCAAAGAGGAAUCUGUAG